AUGUCAACUGAAUUUGUUGAAGAUGUUGAAAAACCUGAACAAAAGGUUCAAGUUACUGAAGCAUUAGACAAAAAAGGAACAAAUUCUAGUUUAUCUGACAAUCAAGUUGAUGAAAUUCUAGCCAAAUUUUUGGAUAUUUCUGACAAUGCUAGAUCAAAUGAACACACAGAAAAACAAAUGUCCUUAAUGGAAGGUAUUAGAACUUUCCCAAAAGCUGCUAUGUGGUCAUUUAUAUUAUCAUCAUCCAUUAUUAUGGAAGGUUAUGAUACUAAUUUAUUGAACUCUUUCUAUGCUUUCCCUGCUUUCAACAGAAAAUAUGGUCAAUAUUAUCCAGAUAUUGAUGAUUGGCAAGUCCCCUCUAAAUGGCAAACUUCUUUGUCUAUGGCUGUUAAUUGUGGUAGUAUCCUUGGUUUGUUCUUUGCUGGUCUCAUGGCUGAUAGAUGGGGUUAUAAAAUCACUUUAAACACUGCUUUGACUCUUAUUACUGGUUUCAUCUUCAUCGUUUUCUUUUCUGUUAACGUGCAAAUGUUAUUGGGUGGUGAAAUUUUACUUGGUUUUGCAUGGGGUAUGUUGCAAACCUUAGUUGUUACUUAUGCUGCAGAUGUUUGUCCUUUGGUUUUAAGAGUUUAUUUAACCACCUAUGUUAAUGCUUGUUGGGUUAUUGGUCAAUUAAUUUCAUCAUCUAUCUUACGUGGUGUUUUGAACUCCACUGAUCCACAUUCUUACCGUAUUCCAUUUGCUAUUCAAUGGAUUUGGCCUAUUCCUAUUAUGAUUGGUAUUUAUUUCGCUCCAGAGUCACCAUGGUGGUUGGUUAGAAAAGGAAAAGCAAAAGAAGCAAAAAACAGCAUUAAACGUCUAUUGACUGUUAACAAACACAUGCCAGAUCCAGAUGUUCUAGCUGACGCCAUGUUCAACAAAAUGCAAUUGACCAUAAAAGAAGAAGAAUUGACAACAGCUGGUGUCACUUAUUUGGAUUGUUUUAAAGGUGAAAACUUUAGAAGAACUAGAAUUGCUGCAAUGAUUUGGUUAUUCCAAAAUAUAACUGGUUCUGCUUUCAUGGGUUAUUCAACAUACUUUUACCAACAAGCUGGUCUUGCUUCAAGUAUGGCUUUCACAUUCUCUAUUAUCCAAUAUGUUCUAGGUUUAAUUGGUACACUUGGUGCUUGGGCUCUUUCACAAAAACUAGGUCGUUUUUCUAUUUUCUUCGGUGGUUUAUGUGCCCAAUUUACUAUUUUGUUAAUAACUGGUGCUUUAGGUUUCAAUGGAUCAAAAGGUUCUUCAUGGGCAAUUGGUUCCUUAUUAUUGAUUUUCACAUUUGUCUAUGAUAUGACUGUUGGUCCAAUUACUUAUUGUGCUGUUGCAGAAAUGCCAUCUGUCAGAUUAAGAAACAAAACCGUCAUUAUUGCAAGAAAUUUGUAUAAUAUUGCUGGCAUUAUCAUUGCAAUUAUUAUGCCAUAUAUGUUAAAUCCAACCGCUUGGAACUGGAAGGCUAAGACUGGUUUGUUUUGGGCUGGUUUUGCAUUGAUUGCAAUCAUCUGGUGUUGGUUUGAAUUCCCAGAAACCAAAAACAGAACUUAUGCAGAAUUGGAUGUUUUAUUCAGAGAUGGUGUUUCAGCAAGAAAAUUCAAAUAUACUGAAGUUAAAGCAUUUGAUGCUCAACAUAUGAUGGAAAAAAUUGGUGAUGACGGUAUCAAAAAUAUUGUUGAAGCUGAUAAUGAUGCUGAAAAUGUCACCACUUCAAAGGUUUAA